ACUCCUCACACUUAACAAAGUCACAGCUCUGCUUCUCUUUCAGGCAGACAACAGCAGCACAAAAUCCCAGAAAGAAAACACACACACACACACACACACACUCUCUCUUUCUCUCUCUUCUCUUAUUCUGUGUUUGGUUAGACAGAAAAAGAAAUGGGUGACUUCAUGGAAACAGAAGAAGAAUUAAUGGAUUUCACCUUAGCUGAGGCUAUGGAAAUGACCACCAUGUUUAAAGGAUUGAAAGAAAAACCAAUCGGUCAAGAGUUAUGUAAAGAACUUGCCACCAAGUUUAGUUCUUCAUCAUUUCGUACUGGAAAAUCUUUAAUAAAAUGGGAACAGGUGCAAGCUUGGUUUCUUGAUAAGCUAAAACCAAAAGCGGUUAAAGCCCCUGUUGAUGAUAAUGUAGAACCUGUUGUUCCUCGACGACGAGGAAGAAAACCAAAAUCUAAAAACACAAGUUCAUCUCUAGUGGUCUACAGAAAAUACGAUGCUUGUGGUUACACAAGACUCCCAGAUUGUGCAUAUGACAUGCCUCAGAGGCCCAGAGUUUCUGCAGCAGAGAUGGCCAAAGAACUCACAGGGUUGGCUUUUGAAGCUCUGUCAGCAAAGGAUUUAGCUUGGUAUGAUGUAGCCUCAUUUCUCAACUUCAGAGUUCUUUACACGGGCGAGCUUGAAGUUCGUGUAAGAUUUGCUGGCUUUGGUAAUGAAGAAGAUGAAUGGGUGAAUGUUAAAAGGGGAGUACGUGAACGUUCUGUUCCCUUAGAGCCCUCAGAAUGUGACAAGCUGAACGUUGGAGAUCACGUGAUGUGCUUCAGGGAAGAUGAGUAUCUUGCAGUAUAUGGGGACGCGAUGGUUGUGGAGAUCCAAAAGAAUCUACAUGAUAAUACAAGAUGCACGUGCAUCUUUGUCGUCCGCUAUGACUUAGAUAAGGCUGAGGAGAAACUUACACUUGACAAGAUAUGUUGCAGACCAAACUUCAUCAAUAACAACAACAACACACACAGCGAAAUUCCACAAGUAGAGUCUGAGGAGGAUAUGAUGUAGUUAACUCGUGUCAGUGAGCUUCAGAUGAUUAAACAAAGAAAGCACACCUAAGUAGCUAAGCAUCCAAACAUGGGAUGGGAGUAUUCAAAAUUCUACUUGUGUAUUACGCUAAAUUGUGUGUUUCGUACAAGUUUCACUGUAACUCAUGGUCGGUAGAAUCUUGAACAGUGAUAAACUCACCGGGCCAGAGCAUCCGGGGCGUUGUGCUGGAAUUUUGGAUAUUGGAAGCAAUGUAAUAUUUAGCAUUCCUUUGCUUGUUCUUA